CACGGGCCCGGCGGGGAUGGCGGCCGGGGCGGGGAGGUCGGGCGGUGGCGCGGGGCGCACGCGUGAAGCGGCACCGCACGUGUGAAAGGAAUUCUUUUCAGAGCGGCCGGGAGCCCUGCUCGGGAGGAACGCGCCCGGGUCGCCGCCGCGGCAGAGCGGGGUUAGGAAUCCGAAGCAAUGGGUGACUGGAGCUUUCUGGGAAGACUCUUGGAAAAUGCACAGGAGCACUCCACGGUCAUUGGCAAGGUCUGGCUGACGGUGCUGUUCAUCUUCCGCAUCCUGGUGCUGGGGGCCGCGGCGGAGGACGUGUGGGGCGAUGAGCAGGCAGACUUCACCUGCAACACCCAGCAGCCGGGCUGCGAGAACGUCUGCUACGACAGGGCCUUCCCCAUCUCCCACAUCCGCUUCUGGGCGCUGCAGAUCAUCUUCGUGUCCACGCCCACCCUCAUCUACCUGGGCCACGUGCUGCACAUCGUGCGCAUGGAAGAGAAGAAGAAAGAGAGGGAGGAGGAGGAGCAGCUGAAGAGGGACAGCCCCGGCCCCAAGGAGCCGGCGCAGGACAAGCCCCGGUCGCGGGAUGACCGCGGCAGGGUGCGCAUGUCCGGGGCGCUGCUGCGGACCUACGUCUUCAACAUCAUCUUCAAGACGCUGUUCGAGGUGGGCUUCAUCGCCGGCCAGUACUUUCUGUACGGCUUCGAGCUGAAGCCACUCUACCGCUGCGACCGCUGGCCCUGCCCCAACACGGUGGAUUGCUUCAUCUCCAGGCCCACGGAGAAGACCAUCUUCAUCAUCUUCAUGCUGGCGGUAGCCUGCGCGUCCCUGCUGCUCAACAUGCUGGAGAUCUACCACCUGGGCUGGAAGAAGCUCAAGCAGGGCGUGACCAGCCGCCUGGGCCCGGACGCCUCCGAGACCCAGCCGGGGACGGCAGAUCCCCCGCCCCUGCCCUCCAGCUCCCGGCCGUCCGCCGUCGCCGUCGGGUUCCCGCCCUACUACGCGCACAGCGCUGCGCCCCUGGGACAGGCCCGCGCCGUGGGCUACCCCGGGGCCCCGCCACCGGCCGUGGACUUCAAAAUGCUAGCCUUGACCGAGGCGCGCGGGAAGGGCCAGUCUGCCAAGCUCUACAACGGCCACCAGCACCUGCUGAUGACUGAGCGGAACUGGGCCAACCAGGCGGCCGAGCAGCAGCCCCCGGCGCUCAAGGCCUCCCCGGCGGCGGUGGCCGCGCCCGCCGCGCCCAGCCCCACCAGCAGCGGCUCCCCGCAGCAGCUCGCGCACGAGGCCGAGGCGGGCGCUGCGCCCCUGCUGCUGGACGGGAGCGGCAGCAGUCUAGAGGGGAGCGCCCUGGCAGGGACCCCCGAGGAGGAGGAGCAGGCUGUGACCACCGCGGCCCAGAUGCACCAGCCGCCCUUGCUCCUCCUGGGAGACCCGGGUAGGGCCAGCAAGGCCAGCAGUGGGCGGGCCAGGCCAGAGGACUUGGCCAUCUAGGGCCCGGGUGUCUCCAGACAGCUGUGUAGUGGUCUUUUUCCUAGAAACCAAAACCAAAGUGCAGUUCCCACCAGCAGAUAGAGCCUGAAAGUGAGCGGCCAGAGUCCCGGGAGGUGGACGAUGGGGGAGAGGUCAGGUUUCCGUGUUCAGUGCUUGCUCUUCUUAGCGCUGUGAGUUAUAGUGGGGAUGAUGCCCACUUCCUGAGUUUGGGGGUUUGGGAGGACAAGGGUUGUGGGCCUUUAAGAUCUUCACAGCAGCGCAGAAGCCCAGUCGCGAGGACUGUCUCUGGGGUAACUGUUCUGUUGUGGUAAAGCAACAGGUCUCCUGCAGUCCCUUCAGCUCUGGGGCAUUUGGGUUUUCUAUUCCUACGCUCUCCAGAGCCUCUGGGCAGCCAAGAGAGUCACGGAGGCACUUAGCUCUAUCUCUGUUUGAUACUUUUAACUUAGAGUUGAAUUUCAUUUGGGAUAUUGGCCAAACUGCACUAAAAAAAAAGAUUUAGAGCGAGUCUAUGUAGUGUCAUUUGAGUUUCUGAAAUUGCAUGUGAAGCCCAGGAUAUCGAGCUGCAGGCUUCAUGACAAGUGACAAAGAGCAGUUACCUCCGGACGCAGGCUCAGUGGGCAAGGGCUGCAGAGGUUGCUGGCACAAGGCAGGUGGAGACACAGCCACACCUGAGGCCAUUUUUAAACAGUUGAGGAAAUUGACAUAAAAGUGGUCAGGUAUGCCUUAGGUAUUUAUUUUUUAAAUGAUAUUUUGUGCUUUGAUCUGAAUGGUACAGAUAUGCCUAUUUUCUCCCACUGUUCUUUCAGGAAAAAUGAAAGAAAAAUAGUGUUUUUCUUUCUUUACAUACUGUUAAAAUGAUUAUUGACCAAGACAGUGCUAAUUUGUCCUACUGCAUACUAGUAAAGAUUUUGAACUUUCUUUUAAAAGAAAUUCUUCAACUUCAUGAGUUGCCUAAUUGUAAUGAGAAUGUACUCUAUAAAACAAAAGCAGGGGAGAUUUUUAAGUGCAUUCAAAUACUUGAAGUUCUGAAGAUUUUGAAUGGGAAGUGAAAAGCGAACUAAUGUUGGCAGGAAAAUUAUUUAUACAGAUGAAUCUAUGACAAUCUACACUUUAAAGAAAAAGUAUGGAA